CGCCGGAAAUCGACGUCACGACUCCGGUGCGAAAAUGGCGGCCGCCUGCGGAGGCGCUUCAGGGUUGGGCGCGCUGCUGCUGCGAGGCCGCCUUCUCCGGGCGAGCCGGAACUACUCCGCUGGCUACUCGACCCCUCGGGCGGCGGCCGGCGGCCGCGGCAAAGGUGCAUUGGUACAAAGAGGAAGGACCUCACAAAAUGAUAAAUACCGGAGAGAGACUGCAACUCCCAGAACUGAGAAGAUGGAGGUUGAUCAGGAUUGGACUAGUGUGUACCCUGUUGCAGCUGCUUUUAAACCUUCCUGUGUGCCCCUUCCUCUUCGAAUGGGCUACCCAGUGAAAAGGGGUGUACCUCCAGUAAAAGAAGGGAACUUGGAACUCUUAAAGAUCCCCAAUUUUUUGCAUCUGACACCAGUUGCCAUCAGGAAGCACUGUGCUGCUCUUAAAGACUUCUGCACAGAGUGGCCAGCUGAUGUUGAUAAUGAUGAGAAAUGUAUGCAGCACUUUCCUAUUGAAGUUGACACAGUAGAUUACAUUUCAGCAGGCCCAUCUGUUCGCAAUCCUAAAGCAAGAGUGGUGACCCUAACAGUUAAACUUUCAAGCCUCAACUUGGAUGAUCAUGCAAAGAAGAAGCUCAUUAAACUUGUAGGAGAGAGGUACUGCAAGGGCACAGAUACCCUUACCAUUACAACAGACAGAUGUCCUUUAAGAAGACAAAAUUAUGACUAUGGAGUGUACCUUCUGACAGUUUUAUUCCAUGAAUCAUGGAAAACAGAAGAGUGGGAAAAAGAAAAGACGGAGGCUGACAUGGAGGAAUACAUCUGGGAGAACAGCGCCUCUGAGAAGAAUGCUUUGGAGACACUGGUUCGAAUACGAGCAGGUGACAAAACUGAAGAAGUCAGUAGGCAGGAGCUUCUUGCCUCACAAAAAAUUCUGGCCUACAGAAAGUCGGUGGUUGAAUUGAAAAAUGAAGGAGAAACAGAUAAGAACCUUUCUGAGUAUAAAAACUCUGUCAGGAGACUACUAAACAUGAGUGAGUUGCAGUAAAGAGAACUCUUUCAGGCAUCACAGGCCUAUGAAGAUGUACAUCAUAAAGUUCAGUGGAUCUAAUUUAAACCUUCGUACUUUCAGCCUGCAUUCCCUCCAAAUAAAAAGACACUAUCCCAGA